AAUAGCAACAGCGUCGUGUCGCUGCAUAUGCAUGGCAUGGGACCAUCGUAUGUUUUUGACAAAUAUCUAUGUCAUCGUCACUCACUCGAACCUUCAUCAUACACAUCACUCUCCCUUGAGUAACUUUAGACAUUUAAGUUGUUUAUUUAGAAGACGCAUUUUCAACACUUUCACGUUUUAUGUCAAGUCAGAGAUAUACACCACCCAUUCCCAUUCAUUCCUCUCGCAAAGUUGUAAUCCUGUAAUUAAUUUCUUAGAUAAAUUUAAUAAACACAAAAUAACUUGGUUGUGUAUUUAUCCACUAGGAUAUCAACCUAUUACUUCUUCUAUUCUUAAAUAAUUACCCUAUUUUUAGACGUUAUUUUCUUUAAAUAAAAAUCGACUUUUUCUUAAGAGAUUGACUUAAGACUUUCAUCCCCUAGCCAAAAUCUCUUACCCCCCUCCUAAAACUCCAACAUUCUAUAAUUUUCCUCCCCUUACAUAACCUCAAACACUACAAAUUCACAAAUGUUACCAAGUCUUUUUAUCACUCAAAACUCUCACCAUAAUUUAAGUGUAACAACAGCUAUGAUUAAGAACCAGGUAAAAGCUUCAGCAGGAGUAGUUAAGUUGAAGGUGGAGAAGAACACUUCAAUCAUGCCUACACUACUUAAAAUGGGCUUCCCCUCACCAGGCCGGCGUUGUUGUUGUUGUUGCUGUGGUAAUGCUCUUCUCAAAAUUACUAGCAGGAGCAAUACUAUCAAUCAUCAUCAACCCCAUUUAACUAAUAUGAGUUCAGAGAAAGGAGUUAUUAAUGAGGAAGGUGGGCAGAAUAAGCGGUUUGUGAAGAUGAUGAGGGAAGCUUGGCCAUACUUGGAAGUACAUAGGGGUUCUACGUUUGUUGUUGUCGUCUCUGCCUUCAUUGUUAGUUCCCCAAAUCUCCUCCACUCUAUCCUCCAGGACAUUUCGUUACUCCAUGGAUUAGGGAUCAAAUUUGUGAUUGUUCCUGGUACCCAUGUGCACAUUGAUAAGCUUUUAGCAGAGAGAGGAAGCAAGGCUCGGUAUGUUGGGCCAUAUAGAAUCACAGAUUCUGAUUCCCUUGAAGCAGCUAUGGAAGCAGCUGGAAGAAUACGUAUAAUGAUAGAAGCAAAACUUGCUGCUGGACCAUCUUUAUGUAAUAUACGCAGACAUGGGGAAAAUAGCCGAUGGCAUGAUGUUGGUGUAAGUGUUGCAAGUGGAAACUUUUUGGCAGCUAAGAGAAGAGGAGUUGUGAAGGGUAUUGAUUAUGAGGCAACUGGAGAAGUCAAGAAAGUAGAUGUUGCUCGUAUUCGUGAGAGGCUUGAUGCAGGGUGCAUAGUGCAACUGAGUAAUUUGGGUUAUUCCAGCUCUGGAGAAGUACUAAAUUGCAAUACAUAUGAGGUCGCAACUGCUUGUGCCCUGGCUCUCAAUGCCGAGAAACUUAUUUGUGUGAUUGAUGGGCCUAUUUUGGAUGACUUUGGACAUCUUAUCCGCUACCUCAGCCUUCAUGAUGCAGACAAGCUUAUUCGUCAACGAGCUAAACAAAGUGAGGUUGCUGCUAAUUAUGUGGAAGCUGUUAGUCAGGAAGAUCUCAAAACUCAGGAGCAGUAUCAGCUCACUGAUACCAUCCCAUCUCUGUUGAAUGUAAAUGGAAAUGCAACAUUUCAAAAUGGUCUUGGUUUUGACAAUGGAAAUGGGUUAUGGUUUGGCGAGCAGGGUUUUGCUAUUGGUGGUCAAGAGAGGCUAAGUAGGCUUAAUGGUUACCUUUCAGAAUUGGCUGCUGCAGCUUUUGUAUGCAAAGGUGGUGUCCAAAGAGUUCAUCUAUUGGAUGGGACGAUUGGUGGAGUCCUUUUGUUAGAAUUGUUUCAGAGAGAUGGUGUGGGGACAAUGGUAGCAAGUGACGUGUAUGAGGGAACCCGAAUGGCUAGGGAGGCCGACCUUGCUGGAAUAAGACAGAUACUCCGACCUUUAGAGGAGUCUGGCACUUUAAUCCGACGGACUGAUGAAGAGUUACUUGCAGCAAUUGAGUCUUUCAUUGUUGUGGAAAGAGAAGGUCAGAUUAUUGCUUGUUCUGCUUUAUAUCCAUUCGUUGAAGAUAAAUGUGGGGAAGUUGCUGCCAUCGCUGUAUCUCCAGAAUGCCGAGUACAAGGGCAGGGUGAUAAGUUACUAGAUUAUAUUGAGAAAAAAGCAUCGUCCCUUGGAUUAGAAAUGCUUUUUCUACUAACCACUCGCACUGCAGAUUGGUUUGUAAGACGUGGAUUUUCAGAGUGCACCAUUGAUUUCUUACCGGAAGAAAGAAGGAAAAGGAUCAAUUUAUCCCGCAACUCCAAGUAUUACAUGAAAAGGCUGGUUCCAGACAAGAGUGGGAUAGCUGUUAUGUGACCUUAGUAGUUAUCUCUAAGUAGUUUAGUUAGUUACACAAGUAGGGCUUGCACUUUCAUAGUUAGUGAUGCUUUUAAAAAUGCAAGUUAGGACUAGCUUCCCGAGAGAUAGUACAGGUGCAAUUUUGUAGAAGAGGUCAGGUUAAUGUAGUCUAUCCUGCAGAGUGCAGUUUUUUUUUUUUCUUUGCUGAUAAUGAUAGUAUAGGUGCUGCUGCUGAUAAUGAUGAUAGUGUGAAUAAGUUUAUAUGUAUAUGUGAAGAUGCUAUGUGGUUAUACUUGUGCAUACAAGGUUUAUUAUCUCUGUUGAAUCGAAUAAAUCUCAGCUAUUGUUUUCAGUUAAUAAUGCAAAUGGUUAUCGUGAAAGAA